GAACGCUUAAGAAGCGAAGUUCCGAGGACCUGGAAGAGGGCAGGCGUGAGCAACCAUGGCCGGGCAGCACCUCCUGGUACCCCGGCUGGAGGGCGUUUCUCGGGAGCAGUUCAUGCAGCACCUCUACCCACAGAGAAAACCUCUUGUGUUGGAAGGGGUUGAUUUGGGGCCAUGUACAAGCAAAUGGACAGUGGAUUACCUAAGCCAAGUUGGAGGGAAGAAAGAAGUAAAGAUUCAUGUUGCUGCAGUUGCACAGAUGGACUUCAUUAGUAAGAACUUUGUAUAUAGAACUUUACCUUUUGACCAAUUGGUCCAGAGGGCAGCUGAAGAGAAGCAUAAAGAAUUCUUUGUUUCAGAGGAUGAGAAAUACUACUUACGGUCACUUGGAGAAGACCCUAGAAAGGAUGUUGCAGAUAUCAGAAAGCAGUUUCCUUUGUUGAAAGGAGAUAUUAAGUUUCCAGAAUUCUUCAAAGAGGAACAAUUCUUUUCCAGUGUUUUUCGAAUUAGUUCACCAGGAUUACAACUAUGGACUCAUUAUGAUGUAAUGGAUAAUUUGUUAAUACAAGUGACAGGAAAAAAGCGUGUUGUACUCUUCAGUCCUCGAGAUGCCCAGUAUUUAUAUUUAAAAGGUACUAAAUCAGAAGUACUGAAUAUAGAUAACCCAGACUUGGCUAAAUAUCCACUUUUUUCCAAGGCUAGAAGAUAUGAAUGUUCCCUUGAAGCUGGUGAUGUAUUAUUCAUUCCUGCUUUAUGGUUCCAUAAUGUAAUUUCUGAAGAGUUUGGAGUGGGAGUGAAUAUCUUUUGGAAGCACCUUCCAUCUGAAUGCUAUGAUAAAACAGAUACCUAUGGAAACAAAGAUCCUACAGCAGCAUCAAGAGCUGCACAAAUUCUGGACAGAGCCUUGAAAACACUGGCUGAAUUACCAGAGGAAUAUAGGGACUUCUAUGCACGACGAAUGGUCCUACACAUUCAAGACAAAGCCUACAGCAAGAACUCUGAGUAAAUAAUGAAGUGAAUGCCAUGCACAUCAACCCUUUAGUAAGGUAUAACGAUAUAAAUUAAAGAUUUUGUUAAAAUAGGAAAGAUACAUCAGAUUUACAGAUUAUGUAAGUACGAAGGGGUGUUUUUGUGGAUUCUACUUGAUACAGAUUGUUAUAAUUAAAGAAUGCUGUGCUGGGACCACUCUUUAACACUCAGAUGCUGACCGCUAAAAGUCCAACUUAAAAUGACUUAAAAACAGUAAGAAAAUAUGAAAUCUAUUGACAGAAUGGGCUGCAGUGUUUCUGAUCCAGUGAUUCAGUAAUGUCAUCAAGAACCUUGGGAGCACGCCUCCACACCCCACCCCCUUUUCAACCACAACAUUGGCAUCAUCCUAAGGCUGGCUACCCUCGUGGUCAUGGGAUGAUUGCCAGUAGCAGUUGGAGCCUUGUGCAUCUUCAUUUACAUGCAGCGGAAGAGUCAGGCUGGAUUCUAGGGGCCCCGUCCUAAUAUGAGGAAGCCUUCCCAGAAUUCACUUGCCAUAUCCUUAGGUCUCAUUGCUCUAAAGUAACUUAGACCUGUCCAUCCCUGAGCCAGUCACUGGCAAAGGGUCUAGAAUAACCUUUAGGGCAGUCAGGUCCGCUGGAGCUGAGAGUAGAAGUCGAGGCCACAUGAGGGAUAUAUGGGGACAGAAAGGAUAGUUUUAAAUCAUGGUUCUGAUAGGAAAAACAUGAGCAACCCACAGUAUCUAUUACAUUUGCCUAGAAGCAGAAUUUUUUGAGGAACUUUAAAAAAUGUACAGAUACCUAGGUCCCAACUUUGUAGACUGAUUCAAGAGUGUUUGGGAUUUGGUAUAUGAACUUAAUAGACCUCACAGGGUGUUUUGAUGCAUAAUCAGAGCUGAGAUCAACUGGAGUUGAUGAUAGUGACUUGGAUUAUUAGUUUUGUGAUUAGUCCAAAACAAAUGUUUAAUCUGAUCUUGACUUUUCUUGCCACCCAGUGUGUCAGGUCUAUCCUUUUUUUUUGUUUUUGAAUGUUAGAAAAUAAAUGUUUUAAUUUAUACCUAUGUCUAAACCUUAGCCUAGUUAAAGAUUUCCCAACUUUUUUUUCUACCGAUCCCUUUUUUAAAAGAAAAAUUACUUAAAGAAUGAAUAAAUGAGAUCCUAAAAGUGUUGUCAUUGAAGACAGUGAGCCAUUGUGUGUGGAUCUCUGCUUUUCUUUGUUUUGUACCUAGUAAUUAUAUUGCAGUGUCAUUGAAGACCAGAUAAUCUUCGCUGAACAUAAAUGUGUUCAUCUAAAGCAAUCUCUUAGUAUAUCAAUUUGGUGCAUUUUAAUUAGAGAAAAUCAUUUUCUCUAUCGAAGAGAAUCCAUUCACUCAUGUCCUAUAAAUUAUAGUAAAUAAGGAAAAGCAUAUAUAUAACAUUCUGAAUUUCCUAGGUGUCUUUGGAAACAGGUAAGUUACUCAGGUGAAUAAAGGUGAAAAAAGUCUUGUCAGAAAAGGAAUGAUUAUAUUAGCCAAAUUUAAUUACCAGAUUUUGAUCUUCAUUAAGCAAAGCAAAGAACUUCUUUACUGAUUCCUUGUCCUUCAGUAAGGAAAAAGACAAAACUAUCCUUAGUUUACACAAUAUUUAUGGUCAGUUUUUAAUAAAUCUUGUUUUUUUCUUAACCAGCAAGAGAACUGAUACAAAGUAUAAAUCCAGAGUCAUGUAGAAAACUUGGAAGUAUUAAUAGAAUAGAUUACAGUUUGUGCACUGAAUAUUCAUCUUAAUUGUUUAAUGGAGAAGCAAACUGGAUGACCUUAGAUAAAAUAACAUUUAUCUAUGAAGCUUAUUUUCCUCAUCUUUAAAACAGAACUACAAAAAUGCAGAGAGAUAGUUCAAGGGCAGGCACAUAGUUGAUAACUGGUGGUAGUUCUUCUAUUUAAUUAUAUUCCUUCUUUGCUGAGAGAUUUGAGGUAGCUCCUGUUGCAGUAUUAAUUUAUAAUAUUUAAAAAGAGAACUUUCCUUUGGGAUGUUUUAAAAUUAUUUCCCUGGUCAUAAUUAAUAUUUGGGUCUGUUUAUUUCAAAUACAAAAUAUUUUAAUCUUUUUUUCUACUGGAUUAAGACCAAAUGAGAUGUUUGUUUUUAAUGUAUAAAAUAUUAUACAGUGUAUGUUAGCUACAACUUCUCAGGAAUUCUGAAUCUUAGAACUUUUUUAUUGAAAGAGAUCUUAGAAGCCAUCUAACCAACCCAGAUUGCUUAAUGAUUGUCUGGGUUCACAUAGCUAUGGGUGAUAGAAACUGGGAUUAGUUGUGACCAGUAAUUCUCCAUUCUUUCUCCCUAAUGUGCAGCACAUCUCCAGUACUUCUGAAUAGAUUACACAGCUUUUCUUUGGCUAGUUUGGGGCUUGACCUGAUGCAAAGAGGAAUUUUUUUCCUCUGCCAACAAAAUUUCUCACUGCACUGCUUGCUACACAGGCAAGAUUCAAAAUAAAAGUAAUGGUGGGUCAGGUGCGGUGGCUCAUGCCUGUAAUCCCAGCACUUUGGGAGGCCGAGGUGGGCAGAUCACGAGGUCAGAUCAAGACCAUCCUGGCCAACCAACAUGGUGAAACCCCAUCUCUACUAAAAAUAUAAAAAUUAAAUGUUACAUGAAAAACA